AUGGCUUGGAAAGCGCAAUACGCAGGCCGUAAUAAAAAUGCAACCCUCAUUCUAGAGGCCGUUGCAGAUCAAGAUUUAUGGAUUUGGCAUGCAUUCUUUGGGAUCCCGAGAUCUUGUAAUGAUCUUAAUGUCCUUUACCGAUAUCCGGUCUUUGAUGAUGUUCUUCAUGGUCGGGCACCUCCAAUUCAUUUCACCGUGAACGACCAUGAGUACAACUUGGGCUAUUACUUAGCAGAUGGCAUUUACCCAAAAUGGGCUACUUUUAUUCAAGGUAUAACACUUCCACAACUUCAAAAGGAUAAAUUAUUUGCUAAUAAACAAGCUGCAGCUCGGAAGGACGUUGAACGGGCUUUUGGGGUUUUACAGGCUAGGUUUGCCGUUCUACGACAACCCUCCCUUGCGUUUAACGAAGACAUAUUGUGUGACAUAAUGAAAACUUGUAUCAUUAUGCACAACAUGAUUGUCGAAGAUGAACGACACAACUAUGCUCUGGCCGAAGUUUUAAGAAGGUACUAUGAACAAGAUCGCCCGCAAAUUACAAGACCCACUACAAGUGCUAUAGUUAACAACAACGAGCCUUUUGAAUUCAAUGUUGGCCGACCGCCAAACGUUGAUUUUGACACGUACGUCCACAGAAGAAUGUCACUACGUGAUAGAGACACUCAUGUUCAAUCAAAAGCGGAUUUAGUGGAACACAUUUGGCAAAAAUAUGGUUCUAUUAAUGAGUAA